AUGGCACCGCGAAAGCCAAAAGCAAAGUCUCCGCCAGCGGCACCAAAGAAUCAGUCCCGGAAUCGAGUCACCAGGGGGAAGUAUCCCAAGGUGCGUCGUCACAAGAAUGGGCUUCUGGACGUUACCCGCAAGACGGGCAAGUAUCUCCAGAUCGCAAAGAGGAACCAGCAAGAAUCGCCGCUAUUGCAACUGCCGCCCGAGAUACGAAACCGCAUCUACGAAUAUGUGCUCGGCGGGAGAACGGUACACAUCACCAAAAAACCCUACAGGCCAGCAGAAGGAAAGCUACUUAGUGUAUCCGGCAAUGAAAAACACUUUUUGAGCUUCCUAGCCGUAUCCCGCCGGCUCUACGCCGAGACAGCCGUCCUCCCGUACAAGCUAAAUACCUUCUCCGCGCAUGAUCCGGGUGUCCUGAGAGAAUGGCUGGCGAACUUGCUCCCCGCCCGGCGCGAUGCCGUCGCGUCCAUUCGGCUCAGG